GGGGCGCGGGCGGGCGGGCGCGCGGGGCCAGGCGCAUUGUGUCUGGCGGCGGCGCGCGAGCCAUGGAGCCGCGGGCGCUGGUCACGGCGCUCAGCCUCGGCCUCAGCCUCUGCUCCCUGGGGCUGCUGGUCACGGCCAUCUUCACCGACCACUGGUACGAGACCGACCCCCGGCGCCACAAGGAGAGCUGCGAGCGCGGCCGCGCCGGCGCCGACCCCCCGGACCAGAAGAACCGCCUGAUGCCGCUGUCGCACCUGCCGCUGCGGGACGCGCCCGCCCUGGGGCGCCGGCUGCUCCCGGGGGGCCCGGGGCGCGCGGACCCCGAGUCCUGGCGCUCGCUGCUGGGGCUCGGCGGGCUGGACGCAGAGUGCGGCCGGCCGCUGUUCGCCACCUACUCGGGCCUCUGGAGGAAGUGCUACUUCCUGGGCAUCGACCGCGACAUCGACACCCUCAUCCUGAAAGGUAUUGCGCAGCGAUGCACAGCCAUCAAGUACCACUUUUCUCAGCCAAUCCGCUUACGAAACAUCCCUUUCAAUUUAACCAAGACAAUUCAGCAAGAUGAAUGGCAUCUGCUUCAUUUGAGAAGAAUCACUGCUGGCUUCCUGGGCAUGGCGGUUGCCGUCCUGCUGUGCGGCUGCAUUGUGGCCACCGUCAGCUUCUUCUGGGAGGAGAGCCUGACCCAGCAUGUGGCUGGCCUCCUGUUCCUCAUGACAGGGAUCUUUUGCACCAUCUCCCUCUGCACGUAUGCCGCCAGUAUCUCUUACGAUUUGAACAGGCUCCCGAAGCUAAUUUAUAGCUUGCCUGAUGAUGUGGAACAUGGCUACAGCUGGUCUAUCUUUUGCGCCUGGUGCAGUUUAGGUUUUAUUGUGGCAGCUGGAGGUCUCUGCAUUGCCUAUCCAUUUAUUAGCCGGACCAAGAUUGCACAUCUAAAGUCUGGCAGGGACUCCACGGUAUGACUGCACUCAAGGCCCAGGACUGUGUGGGUGACUCCUAAGUGGAGAGAAGCGGAGUUCACAUCAGGAUUCCAAGCACAAAGCGUCUUUUACAUUCCAACCUGUUGCCUGCAGCCCUUUCUGGAUGACUGAUUGAAAAUCAUGCAAAACCUCCCAACCUUUCUAAGGACAAGACCUCCGUGGAUUCAAGUGCUUUAAUGACUAUUUAUGCUUUGACUGUGAGAAAUAGGGAGCGGUGUGCCAUGGAACAUUUCUAGGUGUGGAAAAGGAACUUACAAUGGAAAGAUUUGUAUGGUUUCCAUUUAUUUCAGAAAGUUUGUAUAUAACAAUUACCUGAGAGUCAUUUCUAUUUGCAAAAGGAUUCAUAACAAAGGGAGUAUAAUUUUCUUGUCAGUGCUUGUUAAAGUUUAAUGCAGCAUUUUCAGAGUUUGUCCUAAUGGUGUCUUAUUGUGUCAACACCCGAUAUUUGUGCAUUAUUUGUGGAUGUUCCUUGUCACAGGGGGAUUCUUCUUCUGUUGCCUUAUUAUUACUUUUUAAUUGAAAUCUCUUCUCUGUCUUUGUACUGGGAUUGAAAUCAUAAGGAAAACAGAUCAACCGUGUACGAGCUAAUCUGUGACACUAUGCAGUACUGUUUGGAGCUCUAUCUGUUGUUCAGCCUCGGUCUCUUUAUGUUAACUGGAUUUCUGCAUUAAAUGACUGCCGCCUUGUUAA